AUGAACUUGUAAUGGAAUCCUUAUUACAUUUCAAAAGAAAAUAAUUCAUAACUUAAUGUAUCUAUCCUUAUUAUUUGAGAAUGUAUCGUUUAAGGGAUUUGAUGAAAAUUUGAAAUAACCAUUAUACAAUAAAUAGAUUCAAUUGCAUAAAAAAUUAUAGAUUUAAGUAUAUUCAAUUUAUAGAAUAGCCUACAUUCUAGCCUGAUAGUAUUAAAUAUAAAAAAAAUAAAAAAUAAUAAAGUUGUGUACCCUUUUAAAUGAAUGUGCCUCAAUAAACAUCUAAUCAAACAUUAACAAAAGUAGCACAAUUAAGUUUAAAACCUAUAUUCAAUAAACCAAAAAAUAUUGAACAAAAUACAUAAAAUGAAAAUCUUAAGGGAUCAGCUAUUUGGGAAAGAAAGGAUUUUCAAAACUAAUAAAUUACAUUUGAGACUUUCUUAAAAGAUUAAAGUCAAUCAAGAAAUAAUUCAAUCGAACAUAAUAGCAAUAAAUCUCAUUUUAAAAAGAAUAGUCGUUAAUAUAGUUAAGUUGUUUAAGGUAAUUCUGGUGUUUAUUUUAUGAUUUCUAAUAUGCCAAAAAAUACUAAUACAAAUACCAAUACUACUAAUUCAUAUAUAUCUAAUUGUGAAAAGUAAUAAUGAAUUUUUUAUAUUUAUAGUUGUAAUUCACAUAGGGAAGAUAAAUAAAUUGAAAAAAUAAAUGUUCCUAAAUUUUUCAUUCCUGAUGAUAAUUCUAAUUAGUUUAGUGAAAGAACAAUAAAAAAAUAAAGCCCUAAUAAUCUAAUUAAACAUAAAAAAAAUACUAGAUGUAUAUCAAUGGGCGAAUAGAAAUAGAUAGGACUUGCUCUCGAAUGUGAUGAAUCAAGCAUUACAAUUAUUAGUGAUAAUGCUAAUACUUAAGUACUUAAUCCUACAAAUACUAAAAAUAAUAAUAUAACUAAUGAAAACAAUAAUUAAAAUUCUUAAAUAGGUGGAUUUUCUUAAGAAACUUUGUAAGUUUUGAUGCUCUAAGAAAUUGAAUAUGCUCCUAAUUGUGAUUAUCUAUAAUCAAUAUAGACUUAAAUUACUCCAUUAAUGAGAGCAAUUUUGAUGGAUUGGAUGAUUGAAGUUUGUUCUGUAUAUUUAAUGAAGAGAGAUACAUAUUAUUUGGCAGUAGCUUAUGUUGAUAGUUAUUUAUCAAAAAAAGCUAUUACAAAACCAGAAUUGUAAUUAUUAGGAACUGCUUCAAUGCUUAUUGCAUCUAAAAUGGAAGUAAAUAUUAUGAUAAUUCUUUUUUUUUAAGGAAGUAGAGUCUAAGAAUCCAUAGGAUUUUGAAAAAGCUAGUAAUUAUGGUUAUUCUAUAGAAAAAAUCUAUGAAAUGGAGAAGGAAAUUUGUAAAAUUUUAUAAUGGCAUUUGAAUAUACCAACUAUAAAUUUAUGGAUUGAAUUUUAUACAAAUUAAUGGGAUAAUUAUAUUUCAGAUGUUCAUAAGAAAUUUAGAUAGAAUAACAAUUCUUCAUUUAAAAGUAUUACAUAAAUAUAAUAUAUAAGUGAUGCUAAAAUUGUAAGGAUAUAUUGAUUGUUGUUAUCUUGAUUUUGAAACACUUAGUUAUAAACCUAGAAAAGUUGUAGCUUCUUUCAUGUAUUUAGUGUUGGCAUUAGAAUAUGAAUAAUUCACAAAAGAAUAUAUUUAUUAUGAAAUUCCAAAAACCAGAAAAUUUAUACUUGCUGAUUGUAAAUAUCUUUUAUAAUCACUAGCUUAGAAAUCAUUUAAUAAAUUAUUUACAGAAUUCUCUUAAAUUAGUUUUGGAUUCAAUCUUGUAGAUCUGAUUGAAAUAAUUAAAUAUGCAUCUAAAUUUAUCAUGUUGGAUUUUAAAUAUAGUGACACAAUCUAGGAUAAAAUAAAUAUUGUAGUAUAUAUUAAUAUCAAAAUUUAGAGACACGAAGAUUUACUUAUCUAUUAAAAGUAUAAUUAAAUUGGACUCUCUUUCAUUAGAUAAAGGCUCUAAAAGUGA